AUGCAUGAGUUCACUCCGGUGUGGGCUGGUCCACUCAAUGGUAAUCCCGACCGUUCGCAUUCCUUAUCCAGUCGGCUGUCUCGACCACGUUUGACCCGCUCCGUGUCUCCGGACGACUCGCGUCAUUCAACGUGUGCUGACCCCAAGCGAGGCUUGUUCUAUCCAUCGACUGUGCAAUGGUGGGAUCACUACUCAUCCGGUUCGAUCAAUCGAAAGGCAGUGUUCACACUAGACGGGGAUUUUGUACCGGUGACUAGACCGGCAGAUGGUCGCGAUCCAGUACCUUUUGUCGNCGAGGGAAAACAUCUUUUGUUGCCCGGACGCUCGGAUUUCGAGGACGAGCUGGUACGUGAAGUCGCUCAUUUUGAAUUGGCCGAAUUUCUCAUUGGUGACUUGGAGGCGUUGAAUACCAUGUCUCAAGCGGCCUCGAUAGCCGUGGACCCCGAUCAGUCGGAUGAGCAGAUGUUGGAUAUAAUUCGCUCAGUGGUUCUUGCACGUCCUAAUCGAGCUCCGGCCCCAUCGACUUCCAUCGGCCGUAAAUCGAUCCAUUCUAGUCUUGGAUUCCUCGCGUUUGUUGACCCUCAGAAUCCACGUGUAGUUCCAACGACACGUAAUUGUGCUGUGCAACAUCCAACUAAGGACGAGGGGCCCAGUCCGUUUGCCGAUCUGUUCGGUGUUGUUCAACAAGGCCUAUUUGUCAAUGUGGACGGAUCGGAGGAUUUCAGUGCGCGAAUGCCUACUUCAUUCAAUACGACCGGGACAAGUUCGGCUCACCUGUUCAGUCCUACAUCAUCUACAAACGAACCGGACGAAGCAGAUCCUUAUAGUGACGAGAUGGAUUUGGCCCAGAGCCGUGUGGUGACCACUUUGGCCUCGUGUCUGCUCACCUCCUGCUUGGAAGGAGUAGCCACUGAGCCACCCGAUUCACCCGCGCGUCAGUUUCUGAAAGAUCUGCACCAGCUAGUGGUGUCCGGCGGUCAGAAGGUUGAUUUAGUCUCGUUAGAUCCCCAACAACGUUUUCUUACAACGCGAAGACGGUGUUACUCGUUCAGCACUUUUGAACAAGAGUCCUCUUCCUUAGCUCGUGAAUUAUCAUCACAUAUGGAGUCACCAAUGCGACGUUCCAACGCCUCUGUUCACCGCACCACAGCUGCCGAUCAGAAUCAACUGUCGGUUCGUUCAGAUUUCAGAUCCGGUUUUCACGUCCGACAGACCGCUUUGUUUACAUCGUCCCCAUCCGCACGAUCGGAAUCCAUGGAUCCCCCGGAUCGGUGUAGCUCGAUCAACGCAAUUUGCACCCCACUGCCCUACGAUUUGCUGACCAACGCACCGGUUCCGAAAUCCAAGUAA